AUGUCGGAGGAGAGGUCGCGACGGUUGUCACAGAUAUUUGACCCGCUGUCAAGGUUUACGGACCACAGUGGCGCGGGCCAAUCGUCUAGUACGCCGAAUAGUCCGCGUUUGAUGCCCAGGCGGUCGAGAGACCCACCGCCGCCACCACCUAGACCGUUCGCCCACUCCUCACGUUUGGAUCCCUUGGAAUAUGAGCUGGCAGCUGCAGAUAUAGGCUCUGUGAAUUGGCAAGAGCGAUGCUUAGAACUUCAGCUCGAAUUACACAGGAGUAGGCACCAGGCGACGCGGGUACGGGACAUGUUGAGAGAUAAGAAAGAUGGUAGUGUUCAUAUGAAGCGUGAAACGAAUCUUGUAAGUGGCAUCCCUAAAGUCAUCUCCUUCGCUCCAUUAGUGCAUGGCCAACGACUCAUAUGC